AUGUUCGCAGGGGAAACUAGAAAGGAGCCAGCAUGUUUUAUCUAUCUAUCUAUCUAUCUAUCUAUCUAUCUAUCUAUGACUGUUCAAAUCUAUCUAUCUAUCUAUCUAUCUAUCUAUCUAUCUAUCUAUCCAUCUAUGGUCUCAUCUAUCUGUGACUGUUCAUAUCUAUCUAUCUAUCUAUCUAUCUAUCUAUCUAUCUGUCUGUUCAUAUCUAUCUAUCUGUGUCUGUUCACAUCUAUCUAUGGUCUCAUCUGUCUCUCUGUGUCUGUUCAUAUCUAUCUAUCUAUCUAUCUAUCUAUCUAUCUAUCUAUCUAUCUAUCUGUUCAUAUCUAUCUAUCUAUCUAUCUAUCUAUCUAUCUAUCUAUCUAUCUAUCUAUCUAUAAAAUAAUAUCAUUGGACGUUUCUGGUAAUAACUUGAUUGAGACCCCAAAUCUCAAGAAUCAUGUAUUGAUGCAAGACUUGCAAUUAUCAGACAACUGUUUAUCUUCUCUGACUGAACUGUCGGAAUGCUGGUUGCCGCUUCUCCGAGUUCUUAAUUUGGGACAAAACAGACUUUCGGCACUUCCUCCAAUGGAAUAUGUUCAUUCUUUGAAAAUGAUUGACAUAGCUAACAAUCAACUUCUAGUCUGUUCAUAUCUAUCUUUGUUAUCUCUCUCAGUCUGUUCAUAUCUAUGUCUGUUUAUGAUCUAUCUAUCUAUCUAUCUAUCUAUCUAUCUAUCUAUCUAUCUAUCUCAGUCUGUUCAUAUCUAUCUAUAUUUUGCGGAAAUUAUGAAAGCUUUUUCAAAUUGCAAACAAGUGGAGCGAUUUACACUCCAUGGAAAUCCUUUAUCUGCUGAAGAAGAAGACAUGAGGAAACAAAUGAUCGGAGUCUUUCCACGUCUGCGUUAUUGGGAUUCUUGUCCGCUUGUGGAGAACCAGCUGACAUUAUCGUCAAAGAACUCAUCGGACAAUGGCUUUCAGCUCUUGUGUGCCAAACAGGCAGAUGUCUUUGAAAAACUGCAGCAUAAUUUCCAUCAAAAAAUCAAGUAA